GAGACAAAACGUACAGGUCAUUUUUUAAUUUCAAAUGUUGGUAAUUCCCUUUUAAGUAGUUAUAGCAGAAACAAAAAAAGCAUUUGAUCAGAACAAGGAUGGAGAAAACAUCAAAGAUUGGUAGAAGAUUUGAAGGCAAAGUCGCAAUAAUAACAGCAUCAACACAAGGCAUAGGUUUCGGCAUUGCUCAACGCCUUGGCUUAGAAGGUGCAUCUGUUGUCAUCUCUUCUCGUAGACAGAGAAACGUAGAUGAGGCGGUUAAAAAGCUCAAGGAACUAGAGAUUGAAGUGUUGGGAUUGGUAUGUCAUGUUUCCAAUGCGCAACAGAGAAAGAACCUCAUUGAGCAGACAAUUCAGAAAUAUGGGAAAAUAGAUGUAGUAGUGUCAAAUGCUGCUGCUAUCCCCUCUGGUAAUGCCAUUCUCCAAACUCAAGAAUUUGCCCUUGACAAGAUAUGGGAAAUCAAUGUUAAAAGCUCUAUACUACUUCUUCAGGAUGCAUCCCCUUACCUAACCAAAGGUUCAUCGAUCGUUUUCAUUUCUUCCACUAGUGCUUUCCAACCUCCAGCCGGCUUCUUGGCUAUGUAUGGCGUCACAAAGACAACUCUUCUUGGUCUCACAAAGGCUCUUGCAGCCGAGUUGGCCCCACAUACUCGUGUAAAUUGUGUUGCUCCAGGGUUGGUCCCUACUCAGUUUACCGAAUAUAUUACCAGCAAUGAAACCAUCAGAAAAGAAUUUGAAAAACCGAUAUUAAUGAAGAGGUUUGGGACAACAGAAGACAUGGCCGCGGCAACUGCUUAUUUGGCUUCUGAUGACGCCUCGUAUAUAACUGGUGAGACCAUUGUGGUUGGCGGAGGAGUACCUUCCAGGUUAUAAUUCGGCGAAAGUGAGAUGUUGAAAAAGAUGUCUAAACCAUGUCUUGUAAGGGAAUAACUUAACCAUGGAGGUGGAAAUAUUGAAUCAACUGAGAACAAAAAGAGCAUUUCCAAGGGUAUGCAUCAAGGUUCAAGGUUUACAUCAUUUUGAUGAAAUGAAGUAUUAAUAAUCCAUCUCCAAUGUACUAAAUCGAAAUAUUAAACCAAAUGAUUAUGUAUAUCCAAACAUUUUUACUGUGCAA